CAUGCCACCUGCUAACUGUGAGGUCCAGCUGUUGCACUCAUGGAACAACGAUGAUCGUUCACUCAACGUCUUUGUGAAAGAAGACGACAAAUUGAUAUUUCAUCGUCAUCCGGUGGCACAGAGUACUGAUGCCAUUAGAGGCAAAGUGGGAUAUACCAGAGGACUACAUGUCUGGGAAAUUACUUGGGCCAUGAGACAACGGGGGACACACGCAGUGGUUGGUGUUGCAACAGUAGAUGCUCCUUUGCACUCUGUGGGUUACACAGCACUUGUUGGUAGUAAUUGUGAAUCCUGCUGGGACCUCGGACGUAACAAACUUUAUUUUGAUGGCAAAAACCAACCAAGCCAGACUUAUCCAGCUUUCUUGGAGCCCCAUGAAACCUUUAUAGUACCAGAUGUAUUCCUGGUGGUUUUGGACAUGGAUGAAGGAACUUUAAGCUAUAUUGUGGAUGGACAUUAUCUGGGAGUUGCAUGCAGAGGACUUAAAGGGAAAAAACUUUAUCCAGUUGUAAGUGCUGUUUGGGGACACUGUGAGAUCCGAAUGCGCUACAUUAAUGGACUGGACCCUGAACCACUGCCGUUGAUGGACCUCUGUCGGCGUUCAGUACGGGUUGCUUUGGGCAAGGAUCGCUUACAGGAAAUCCACUCUCUACCACUACCAGCCUCCCUGAAGAACUACCUUCUCUACCAGUGAUGGACUAAACAAUGGACUUCUACCCUAAGAGACACUGUACCCAGGCAGUUAUUUCAGCAUAACCUUCAUCCACUGUGUGGUGGGCAUUACUUUUUAAAUUCUGGUCUUUUUUUCCCCAGAGCUCAGCAGCUCCACAAACAAUGUUUUUUUGUUGGUUUAAGUAAACACUCAACCUUUUUUAAGGUCUGGAGUUUUUACGUAUUGGGGAUGUGAAUAUUUUUUACAGUAUGUCAAAACAGAUAUUUCCAUUAAUCCUUUCUGCAAUCAAAAUGCAUAUCUAACUCCUCUGAUUUGGGAACUUGCUUGUUUGAUUUUUGAAGGCAAUUUUCUUUUUUUUUAAAAACUCCAUUUGUAAAAUGGAAAUCUGUCCCUGUUUUCUGCCACAUAUUGCUACUUCCAUAUGCAAAUAGUGCUGAGCAUGCAAUAUAAUCUUUUUAAUAGCUGCUAUUAUGGGUGGUCAGGUGGGAGUUGGGAUCAGGAAUGGAGGAGAGCUGGGAUUAAAAUAUGCAUCGAACAUUGAGUACAGGGGAUGUUUUGAAGACCUAGUGUGACUUCCAUUUGAGUCCUGGAAAGAUCCAAAGGAGUUUCAUUAUCAACAGUUUUCUUGCCUCUGGUUUAUUUUUUCCUGGUAGAAAACUAAACCUAGCCUAUUUUUAAAAAUUACCUCACUUUCACUUUAUUUUCUCUUUGUUGACUUGUUGCUCUCUUUUUGGUAACUAAAGUGCACAAUGAUGCCUGCAUUGUGAAUUAAAGAGCAGCUGUCACUCUCAAGCCAAACACCUUUAUAAAGGAAUACAGACUCUUACUAGCAGGUCUGGUAGAAAAUUCCUAUCGUGGCUUCACUUUGUAAGUAACUGUAUAAGUGACUUAGUUCUGGGGACUACACCUAGCAUGUCCUAAUGUAAUGCAGCAUCUAUUGGUUUUCAUGUGCAAUAUGUGAAUGAAAUGGUUGUUUUAAAGCUAUCUUGAAAUAAAGUGUAACUUUCCA